CGUCUGGAUUUCGCGCACUAUCGGUCAACUCAGCAUUCUUGUAUUUGCUCUCUAUCAAAGAAGUUUACAACCGUUGCUCCAAAGGGCAAAAUGGCGUUUUAAAAUUUCGUACCGCACUCUAGGCAUUGCUCAGCAAAUUCUCGGUGCAACGUCACCAUGGCGCAAUUCAAAAUGGAAACCAACCAGUUAACUGAACUAUAUACUCAACAAGAGAAGAAAUCACAUGUGCAUGAUGACUACAACAAUGGACUACGACCAGUGGAUGUUCGAGGAGGAGCUAGAGCUCUUCUCUCCUCAUGAUCAGAAGGUAUGCGUGAAAGACGUCCAAGAUGACAUGGAAUUGUCCGACUUGAUCGGCCCAGCUGGGAAUCUCUUGGACCAGCUUGACUCCAUGUAUCCAACAGAUGACAUGCUGUUUCCCAAAUGGAUGUCUGAGAAGGUAAACCUCAACUUCCUGGAGGAUAUCCAGGAACUGUCAGAUGAAUCUGUAGCAGAUAUUCCGCCAUUGCUCCCUCCAUUGGAGGUUUUGGUAGAAAAGGAUGGAAAAUCGGAGCUUUCUGACCUGGAUCUCCUUAACCAGCUCGUUGCAGAAUCAGUCUCGCCAUUGCAGCCUCUUCCUAUUCAAGAGACCAAUACCCAGGAAGAUUCACUUGCUGAUGCAUUGACUGAAUUUAGCAAUGACGAAGUGUGGGAAGCUGUAGGUGCCACAUCGGGUUUAUCUAGUGCUACAUCCUCUGAGGAUGUGGCUGUGUUUGUCUUUGGCUCUCCAGAAUCUCCUGAGAACAUGGAUGCACCUGUAUUUUCCCCUGGCUCCCCUGAUUCUGAGGAGAUGGCUCUAUUUGCUGCAGGAUCCCCAGCAUCCUCUGUUUGCUCCUCAGUUUCGGAUAAUCCCAUCAGCCCUCUUUCAACUAUAGAAACUAAAGCGAUAGAACCCAAGCCAUCAAAAUCAAGAGCGAGGUCGGUCCUUAAAACUGCAAGUGGCACAGUUAAACCCUCAAGGAAGGAAAGGAAAAAAGAUCAGAACAAACAAGCAGCCACAAGAUAUCGUGAGAAAAAAAGAUCACUGGCACAGUCCACAAAAUGUGAACUCGACGGAUUAGAAAAACGGAAUGUAGAAUUAAAAGACACUGUAGAGUCAAUGACAAAAGAAAUCAAAUACCUAAAGGACCUGUUACAAGAAGUACUUGCUGUAAAGGGUCAGUUGAAGGAAAUGGGACAUAAAAAGAAGUAAAAUACUGAAGAUUCUGCACUACAUUAUUAUCAAAUUUUCUGUUUAAAAAAUUCCUUAUUUCUCGUGAUGACAUCACACCUACGGGCAUGAUGUCAUUAAGAGAUUUAGAACAAAUUUAAAAAGACAUGAAAGUUUACAGGCUGCAUCUUUCAAUAUUUCCAAGGUCACACAAAACAACGUGUUCUAUCCCUUAUUGUCGGCUAAGUCUGAAAGGGUCCAUGUAUAUACUGUAAUGUAAUUAAAAAGAUGUUUAUUAAUUUUAUAACAAAUUAUUGCUCAAAAAGAAACAAAAAUGUCAUUCCAGCCUAUUAUAAGUAUGUUGGUUGGUAUCUGUUACAUUCAGAUAGAAGUACAUUUUGAGUAUUGAUUGAUAUUCAAACGUAGGUAGUCUGUAAAUACCGUAUACAAUAAUGACAGUUUCCAAAGAAGAGCUUUUAAUCAGUAGUCUUGCUUCCUUGUUUUGUAAAUUGUAUACUGUAGUUUGCAUCGUCAAUAAAAUGUGAAAUUGA